GUAUGCUCAGAAUAGGCUAGAUUAUGUGAAAUUGUAAUGCCAUAUAAUAUGAUUCAGAAUUUGUAGAUAAUAAUCACACAACUAGGUGUAGAAAAGAUUGAUGAACUAAGAGUUAUUUUAAGCAUAAUAAUACAUUUAGUGAAUAUAGUCUGAUGCCUCAUGUGCGACGCCAUUUUACGCACUUCAUAGCCAUCUAUAUACAGUUAUUCAAUUCAACCAACUUCGAUCUACCAUCUUUAAUACUGUUUGGUGUGCAGCGUGACCGGUUCUAUUACUCUUUCAAAAGUUUAUGUUCAUAUUUAUGAAUUUUGUGCCUUUAUAUUUUACUACAACAUAAGCUUUAUCAUGAGUACAGAUAGCAUCGAAAAGUUGUAUAAAAACUUUGGCAUUUUAGCGGAUGCCAAAGAUAAGUUAGCUGAACAUGAAAAAGAAUACUUAGAAAUUUUAACCGCUGUAAAAGGAUCGUCUAAAGAAAAGCGCUUGGCAUCUCAAUUUAUUGCUAGGUUUUUCAAAAAUUUUCCCAAGUUAGCCGAUCAAGCGAUAGAUGCCCAUUUAGACUUGUGCGAGGAUGAAGAUAUGGCGAUUAGGAAGCAAGCUAUCAAAGAUUUGCCUACUUUGUGCAAGGAUAAUAAAGAGUACACUGCAAAAAUAGCUGACAUUUUAGCACAAUUGUUACAAGCUCAAGAUCCAUCUGAAUUAGCAGUUGUACAUAAUAGUGUUAUGUCACUCUUGAAAAGUGAUCCAAAAGGUACAAUAAGUGGAUUCUUUAGUCAAAUUCUCAAUGGAGAUGACGGAACAAGGGAAAGGUGUAUUAAAUUUUUAGCGACAAAGUUGAGAGCAAUAGGUCAUGAUAUUAUUACUAAAGAACCAGAAGAUUUGUUAAUUUCAGAGUGCAAAAAAGUCCUACAAGAUGUAACAGCUGAUGAAUUUCAUAGUAUCAUGGAAGUUCUUAGCUGGACUAGAUUAGGUUCUACUAUUUCUGGUCAACAAGAAUUAAUUGAUAUUACGGUAGAACAAGCUGAACUUUCUGUGCCAUUUAAACACACAAAUGUUGAGCAAUGGAGCCGACUGAUACAAUGUAUCAAACAUGCUCUUCCAUUCUUUAGUUCUCAAAUUGAUUCAUCAAGAUUUGUUUCAUAUAUCUGUAUUCAAGUUUUACCCCAUUUAUCAUUAAUUAAUACACCCGAUGGAAGGGAUAGUCAGUUGGAAUUGUUAAAACUUCUUGCAGAAUUAACUGUAUUUUGCGGAACAAUCGAAAAUCCAGAAGAAAAAGUACAACAAUUAUAUAACACACUAAUUACAUACAUGCCUCUUCCACCAGCCACAGAGAUAACGGAUGUCCCAAAGUUACAAUUCAGUCAUGUGGAAUGUUUAAUGUAUGCUUUUCACAAAUUAUGUAAACAAACACCUGAAUUUUUGGUAAAAGAUCCAGAACAACUUAAAGAAUUUAGACUUAGGCUGCAAUAUUUUGCUCGGGGGAUUCAAGGAUAUAUUAAAAAAUUACGCGAAGCAAUUAGUGGCAAGUCUGAAGAAGAAUUAAAUACAAAAGAAAAUCAAUUGAAAGUAGUAGCACUGAAGACAACAAACAACAUCAAUACUUUAAUUAAAGAUCUAUUUCAUUCACCACCCAGUUUUAAGAGUGUGAUACAUCUUUCAUGGAAAACAACAAUGAACGAUAAGAAGAGCGAAAAAAAUUCUUCAAGUCAGAAGAGACAUACUCCUAUAACAUUUGGAAAUGAUAGCAGUUCCAGUAAACGAAAUAAAGAGGAUAAAAGCAAUAAAAGGGAAAUAUAUACACCACCAAGUGGAAAAUACAGUUCAAAUAUAUCCUCCAAUUAUGGAAGCCGUGGUAGAUUUAGAGGUAAUAGGUCUGGAGGACGAGGAGGCUACAGGUCAAGAGGGCGUGGUACCUGGAGAAAAAGUUUUUAUUAAAUAUCAGAUAUUAUGAACUUAAAAUAAGGGAGACAUUUAAAAUCUUAGAGAGUGGUACAUUCAGACCUUAAAAAUAUAUGUGUACAGAAAAGUAUGUAGAAGUGUAAUAUCAACAUCAUUAUGGUGUCAACAAAUGUGACGGAACAAGUAAGACAUUCUUCGUUCCUCAAAUGUGUGAAGAGUGGUUAUGUGAACGUCUUUAUUUCAACAUAAUCUUAUGGAAACAAACAAAGCAAAAAAAUACAAAUGAUUUGUUUUCAAAAUGCAGAACAAAAUAUGAAUAAUAUUGCAAUAAUUAUUAACAAAAAUAGAAACAUAACUUCAUUCGAUAUCAAAUAUGAUAGCCAUAAUAAUUAUUCAUUUAUGAUUACUCUUGCUAACAUCAAACAAAGUAGAAGUAAAUACUUCGAUUUGAUAACGAUCUGUAUGUAAAUGGGUAUAUAACGGAAGCUAACUUAAAUCUGCACAGUGUAUGUACACAUAAUGUGUGGCUAUAAGAAAAUUAGAGAAACUACUACAUGUUCUGUGUAACACAAAAAUGAAAAAACAAAAAAAAAAAAAAAGAAAAAAAAAAA